AACCUGAGUAGAAACCAAACUAAAACUCAUUGGUUUCUGACCAUCACACAAUGCAUAUCCUUGCGUUGAUCCUUGGUACUGUGCUGCUUCCUGCAGCCUGUGCAUUGCAGUGUUAUGAAUGCAUACCAGGACUAUCUCUAAACUGCACUGAGACAACAAAAGAAUGUCCUUCCAAUACUCAGUGUGGUUCAUUCAGAAUAAUUUCAUAUGCAGGUGGUACAGCUCUCGCUGAUGUUAAAAUGAAAAUGUGCGCUCUGGCUGAAGAGUGCAGUGAGGCCUCAGUCAACCUUGGAGUUGCCCAAGCUGUAAUUACUAGCAAGUGCUGCACCUCUGAUCUUUGCAACACUCAAGAUGCCCCUGGUGGCACCAUACCCUCUCCAAAUGGGAAAAAGUGCUACCAAUGCGAUGGAAUCGAUUGCACCAAAACUCUAACCUGCAAUGGAAAUGAGGACCACUGCAUCUCAGUAGCAGAAGGGGAAACUACUAAAGUAAAGGGCUGCACCUCCAAGAUGAUUUGCUCAAACACACAAAUUGCACAGAUCUCAGCAAUCAUUGGAGCAGAAAUCAGCUGCUGUCAGGGUGACCUCUGCAACAGUCCCAGCACUGCUGUAACAACAACAUCACAGCCCAGCAGUACAACUGCUAGCACUACAACAAGCCUCAUGAUGCUGCUCUUUGUGACACUGCUGAUUUCUUUGGUCUUAUUCUCUUAGCCAAUGGAAACAACAGUAUCAUAGCCCAAUUGUUCUUCUCACCUUCACAAUGCUUUCACCCAUUUAUCUCAGAGCUCAGAGAAAUAAAAUUGUAAAAUAAAAUUGGCUGUAUUUUUGUUUUCUUUCUCAUUUCUCAAACAUUUUGCUCUCAGUAGAUUUUGACAUAUAAAAUGUCUGCAUAGAAUAGCACAGAGUUAGUGAAGGGGUACAUAAACUACUAAUUGUACUCAUUAUUCUUGUCUUGUAAACUUAGACACUAAUUGCCUACAUUUGGCUCAUAAAACUCCAUAGUUCCCAGAAAGAAUUGACUUCCUAUCAUAGGUGUUAGAGUCUGAUUUAUUUAGAGCAUAGAUCAUUCUGUCCCCAUAUUUAACUUUGCAUUUGUUAGUCACUGCCACCCCUAUGAAAAAAUUCUGGAGGCACCACUGUCGGGAGGUAAUGUGCAUAAAAUGAAACCAGCUCAGCCCCCAAACAGCUGAAAACCUGUAUGUUUAUCAAACCAAAGAUAGCAGAGUUUGCUCUGUAUAAUAAUUUGGUUUAAUGUGCACUGCACUGAAUUACUCUGCUGAGGAAAAACUCAAUAAUUGUCCUCUUGUGCAUUUUGUGAAAAGUAAAUGAAUCUUUGCGUGCUGUUUACGGUCAGGAUUAUUUACCACUAUUAAAAACUGUGUACACUGUGACAAAUUAUUAAAAAUUUAAAUUGAUUUGGUUACAAAAAUUGUCAUAAACAUCUUUAGUGACUCUUCAAGAUCCCACAGAAGUUGCUUCUCGUCCCUGUGGCUCAAGUGCAAAAUUUCUAUUGGA